AUGGAUCAUGCAAUAUUUGAAGAUCUUGAUGUUGUAAUCGUUAGUGGAGGCAUCUGUGGCCUUGCCACUGCCCUUGCUCUUCACAGGGAGGGAAUGAAGAGUGUAGUGAUGGAGAGAUCAGAAGCAUUGAGAGCAACAGGAGGUGGAAUUGCAAUUCAGGCAAAUGGAUGGAGAGCUUUGGAUGAGCUUGGCCUUGGAGUUGCCUCGAAGCUCAGGCUAAAUGCCAUUCUUCUUGAGAAGGUUCGAGACAUAUUUCUGAAUGGUAGCAAGCGACUAGAAGAGUUAACCUCCUUCUCGAAUAUUGGGGAAAUUCGUUGUGUAAAAAGAAGUGAUCUAAUUGAAGCUCCAGCUCAAGAUCUCCCACUUGGCACUAUAGGGUUUGGAUGCCAAAUUCUCUAUGUGAAAUUGGAUACAAACUCUUGUUUUACCAUUCUUCAUUUGAAUAAUGGCAAUACAAUUAGAGCCAAGGUGUUGAUUGGAUGCGAUGGUGCCAACUCUGUGGUUGCGGAUUUUCUUGAGUUGAAACCCAUGAAGCUUCACUCUUCAUGUGUAGUGAGAGGAUUUACAUAUUUCCCAAAUGGUCAUGGAUUUGCUCAUGAGCUAGUCCGAACAAGAAGAGAUAACACUUUGUUUGGAAUGGCUCCUGUUAAGGAAAAAGUAAAAUGUGUUUAGUUAUUAAUCUGUUACAGUUAGGAUUGUUCAGUUACAAGUUGUUAGCAAUCUGUUACAGCAGUUACAUUUAGUUACGUUUCAAUGUUUCUGUUAACAGAGCACUAUAAAAGUGCUACUUACUGUACAGUUAUCUUUAAGCUGAAUACAAUACACUUUCGUGAGCUU